UAUGCACAUAUUUUCUCUCUGUGUGUAGGAGAUAAUGGAUCGGAUCUACAAGAAUGUGAUGCUAAAAGUGGAGGAAAUUAGUGUUUUUCAGAGGACUCUGUUUCUGUUGGCCUACAACUAUAAGAUGGAGCAGCUUGCGAUGGGAUACAGCACCCCACUGUGUGACAGGCUGGUCUUCCGGAAGGUUCGGGCGUUGUUAGGUGGACGUUUGCGGGUGUUACUGUCAGGCGGCGCACCUCUGUCUGCCGCGACCCAGCGGUUCAUGAACAUCUGCUUCUGCUGUCCUGUAGGUCAAGGCUACGGCCUCACGGAGACCUGCGGCGCUGGGACCAUCAGCCAGCGUGAGAUUCACACCAUCAUUCAGCAUUUCAAACACUAUUAUGCACAUUUUCAUAACCUAUACUAG